AUGGAUAUACCAAACCUCCUCGAGCAACUUACCAAGAAUAUUUAUCAGUAUGAUUUGCAUGUUCAGUACAUUCAAGCACUUCGUCAGGCUGGACUGUUUGAAGAGUUGAAAGAUGCAAGGAAAACUAUGCAUGAAAUUUUUCCAAUGUCUGAAGAAUUAUGGCUUGAGUGGAUAGACGAUGAAGCUCAUAUGGCCUCCACAAAAGAAGCAAAACAGAGGAUAAUUCAUAUUUUUUCAGAAGCUGUUCAAGAUUAUUUAUCCAUUAAUAUUUGGAAGAAAUACGCAGAUUUUAUGGUUCAAGAAUAUAAUGAUUCAGAAGAAUUGAUGGAGGAGUGUUCAGAAAAUUCUUUUAUAACUUUAGAUCAAGUUCGUAAGGUCUUUGAUCAAGCAAUCAGAGAAAUAAAUUAUUUUAUAACACAGAGUAACCAAAUAUGGGAUGCCUAUAUGGAUUUUGAAGAAAAAAUUUUAGAGAAAACACCUAGUGACGAAACGCAAAAAAAUUUGUCUGAAAUAAUAAUGGAGAAAUUUCUUUUAGCCAUAGAAAAGACUUGGAUGGAUUAUUCGACUUUCAUUACGAAUUAUGAUAAUUUAAAUUAUGAGAAAAACAUGUUAGAGGCAAUUCAAAUUUACAACAAGGCUAAAGAUAUGUAUUAUAAAAGAGAUCAGUAUGAACAAUCAUUACUUGAGUCUGGCUAUGCCUUACAACAAUUCUUAGAUUAUAUAAAUUUUGAGAAAAAACAAAAGCUUCAUCCAGCGGUCCUUACUUUGUACGAAAGAGCCCUGUCUAUUCAUUACUUAGAACCGGCUCUUUGGGAAGAUUACAUUUUCUAUUUAAGUGAAAAAAAGGCUUCGCAUAUACUUGCUAAAGUAGCUGAAAGAAGUGUUCGCAAUUGUUUAUGGUCAGGCGAUCUUUGGGGUCAUUACAUCCGUAUUUUAGAAAAAAGUAAUGAUGUUGGUGCAAGUGAUCAGAUUGAUGAUGUAGUUAAAAGUUGUAUCGCUAUUGGUAUGUUGAACAGCGUUGAUGAAUAUUUAAAAAUGAUCUUGGCCUAUUGUGAUUACAAAAGAAGAAAGUUAAAUAUUUAUCAAGAUCUGACAAAUCAGCAAAGUCUAUCAGAUUUAAUUGAAUUCAUUGAAGAACAAUUGAAAUUAUUAAACCAAGUUUUUCGAGAUGGAGAUCCACAUUAUCGUUUGGAAAAGUAUUUGAUUGAAAUGGAGACUCUUAAAAAAGAUAUUCCAAAAUCUCACCAAACUUGGGAAAAGAUAAUAAGUAAACAUCGCAAUGAAUCUGAAGUUUGGCUUCAAUAUGCUAAUUGGGAAAAAUCUUUAGGUAAUAUUGAACAAGCUCGUAAAAUUUUCAAAAAUGCUUCACAUCAGAACACGGACUGGCCUGAACGUAUAUUUAAUGAAUGGGAACAGUUUGAACAUCAUUAUGGAACUUUAGAUACUAUUGAAAGUGCCCAUCAAUUUAUUAGGAAGCAAUCAAAAAUUGUUACUCACAGACGUGAAAAGGCUGUUUUGCAAACACAAGCUGAAGAUCCUUCGUUUAAAAUGAUAGAAUCUGAACAAUCCACCAAACUUGUUGAAAUAAGAGAUUCUUCUGGCGAUGAAUUAAAUAAAAAACGGAAAGCUAAAGAAGAACUAUUAGUAGAAGAAACACCAUCGACAAAAAGAAAUAAGGGUCAAAAUCAUGAAAAAAUUAAACGUGAUCGAGAGUUUGCAACAGUAAUUGUUAGCAAUUUGCCACAAGAUGUUACAGAAGGGAAAUUGAAAUCGAUGUUCCAUGAUUGUGGGAAAAUACGAGAGGUCCGCUUAAAAAAUGAAACUGAUGAUUCACAAAAACUAGCAUUUAUUGAAUUUGUUAAUAGAGAAAGUGUUCUUGCAGCAUUAACUAAAGAUAAAAAAAGAAUCGAUGAAAAUGAAAUUUCAGUUUACAGGACAUCCGAAAGAACUUUAUUCGUCACCAACUUCCCUGAAUCAACAGAUUUGCAUGAAUUAUUUAAAAAGUAUGGUGAGAUUAUUGAAAUUCGUGUACCAAAUAAAGUUGUCAAGAAAAGAAGAUUUGCAUAUGUGGAAUUUAAAGAUCGAGUAUUUUAUCAUUUGUCUCAUUCUGCAUUAGAAUUGAAUGAUUAUGAACUGGUUUCUGGUGAAAAAUUAAUAGUUUUAGUAUCAGAUCCUUCUUUAAAGAAAGCCCGAUCUCCAUCAAGUUCUAAUCGUGAUGUUCUACAAAAAAGCGAGGCAAAUAAAAAAAGCGAUCAGUUAAAAUCAUUCACAGUUACAGUACCUAAACCUAGACCUUUUAAAAGGCCAUCGGCUAAAAUAAUCGCACCUAAAAAAAAUCCACAAUCUUUGUUGAAUAAAGAAGAAGAUAAUAAUUUUAAAGCUGAGGCAACGAUUCAAAUGGAUCAUAAUAAUGACAGCAGUAUUUCUAGUUCUUCAGGCAAUAAAAAGACAAAUGCUGAUUUUAGGAAUAUGUUUUUACAAAGUAAAAAAUAG